AUGCAGCCACCUUUGGGACCAGAUCUCGAGGGCUGCCUGCAGAGAAAGCAGACAGAGUGUGUGACGAGCAGGGAGUUUCUGUCGUCCCUGAGGUUGUCUCGUCAGGGUGACUGCCCUCCGCCUCAGCGAGCCACCGGCUUCGCUGCAGCCUGCGUGGAGAGCUGCUCGUCGGACCAGCAUUGUCCCUCCUCCAGGAAAUGCUGCGCUAAUGGCUGUGGACAUACAUGCCAAGCCCCCGCCAAUCUAUAUAAAGGUGUUCCUCUGAAGCCUCGCAGAGAGAUGAGCUUUGUGGAGGACACUGAGGGUCGUGUGAAGGUGGUCUGGGUGUCAAAGUUUAAUGUCAGUGUGGAGCCCAUCAUUUACAUGCUCCAGUCCCGCUGGAACAUCGGGAUUCAUCCCAGUGAAGACCACGCCUCACCGUGGACCACUAUUGCCAUGACGCUCUCUGAAGAUGUGGUCCUGUCAGAUUUGAGACCGCAGCGCUGGUACCAGUUCAGAGUCGCUGCCAUCAACAGCCACGGCAGCCGAGGCUUCACCACACCCAGCAGACACCACAUCUCCAGUAAAGACCCCUCACCUCCAGAACCUCCAAUAAAUAUCAGAGUGAGCAACCAGACUGUGGACGGGGUGGCUUCACAUCCAGGGACCCAGCUCACAGCAAGGUCGAAGGGAAGUGGGGUCGCGGUGGCCGUCUUAAUAAGCUGGGAGCCUCCCAGAGAGGGAGACCUUCCAGUCCACAACUACAGAGUCACCUGGACGCCUCGACACACACAGACAGCGCACAAACACACACACAAACUGCAUGCAGACACGCACACGGUGCACAAUAACAUGCACACGCGUCCUACACACCAACACACACCAGAGGAGGAUAAAAAGGAGAGCAACACCAGAGUGACUCAGGGGGCCCAGUGUGAGAUGUGGCUGCAGGGUCUGCUGCCGGCUGCCUCCUACAUCCUGUCUGUGCAGACGGUGGCCUACUGGGGUCAAAAGAGGCUGAAAAGUCCCAGAGUUCAAAUUGACUUUACAACAAUAUCUCAUACAGGCGAACACUUCUCCAAUGAGCUCCCCUCCUCCUCCUCCUCCUCCUCUUCAUCAUCUCUUCCCUCCUCUCCUUCCCUCUCCUCCUCCGACCUCCCUGACUCCUCCUCCCUUCCUCACCCUGAUUCCCCUCCUAACCCUGCAACCCCUGGUAACCUGCGCCUGGAGGUCGCUGCGCCUCACUACCAUGACGACCAGCUGCAGGUCAAGGUGUACUGGAAGUGGCCUUUCCACGGCAGACAGAAACACCCAGGUCCUUACAUUCUGCGGUGGCAUCCACAUACCUGCAGCACUAACACGACAGACACAGAGAGAACAACAACUGUGCAGGGCACCCAUCACACCAUCACAGGGCUGUUGUUUUCCUGUAAGUACCAGAUCAGCGUAGCAAUACAUUCUGACCCGGACUCUGAUGCUGUUGCCUGGGUUACGACCCCGACUUGCUCCUCCAUACGAGUCAGAGGAGGCAAAGCUUUGCCAUGCAACACUGAGAGUAAGAAGCGCCCCCCGUCAGGCAGGAAAGUGUUGCUGCGGCCAGAACGUCUCACAGCAGAUUUUCAGCACGUCAACGGCUCCCUGCACAUGACGCUGCGCUGGAGGAUGUCCCAGAAUCCACUGGACCAGCUCGCUGUCGAGGGGUUCCAGUUCACCUGGACUUUGCAAUCGGGGGUUACCACGGCAACAGAAGGGCAGGAAGACACACUAAUCUCCCAGACGCAGACAAUCGCACCGUCUCAGCGGUCCGUGUCAGUUCCUGCUCUACAGGCUGACAGCGUUUACCAUCUGCAGCUCCAAGUGCUAACAGCAGGGGGCAACAAGGGCGCCACAGUCUCCAAAACCAUACAUACUCCAGCCAUCAACGCCACACUUUAACUGGUAAUAAUGAUGUCACAGACCAACUAAUCAUGGAACAUU